CCACAGACGGCAGCAGGAUCAGGUCUACGGGUCGCAUUUAACAUAUGGAGAACGGGAGGCGUAUUAGGGUUUUACGAUGGUCUGGCUCCCGCUGUUCUCCGCCACCUAUUUUACACGCCGAUCCGCAUAGUCUGCUACGAGAAUUUGCGGAACCUCGCUGGCUAUUCUGUUGCCGGGAGAGCUUUUGCUGGUGGAGUCUCUGGCACCAUAGCACAGGUUCUGGCAAGCCCCGCUGACCUCAUUAAGGUGAGGAUGCAAGCAGAUGGUCGCCUCGUCAGCCAAGGACUCCCUGGCAGAUACACAGGAAUCAUUGAUUCCUUCAAUAAAAUCAUUCGAAAUGAAGGUGUAUUGGGACUGUGGAGGGGUGUGUUUCCUAAUGCUCAAAGAGCUUUUCUGGUGAACAUGGGGGAACUUUCAUGCUAUGACCAAGCUAAACGCUUCAUCAUCAACCAUGAAAUUUGUGAGGAUAAUGUUUUAGCACAUACCAUGGCUUCAGUUGCGUCUGGCCUCUGUGCAACUACCUUAAGCUGUCCAGCCGAUGUGGUCAAGACGAGAAUGAUGAACCAAGCUUCAUGCAAGGCGUGUGAUAAAAUUUAUAGAACUUCUUAUGAUUGUUUGGUGAAGACGGUGAAGUUUGAAGGCAUAAUGGCAUUGUGGAAGGGCUUCUUUCCCACAUGGGCGAGGCUUGGGCCCUGGCAGUUCGUGUUUUGGGUUUCUUAUGAGAAAUUACGCCAAAUUUCUGGAUUUUCUUCAUUUUGAUAGAGAUGGCAGGGUGGAUUCAACCUAUAUUCUUUUCCAACAUGGUUUGAUUAUGAUCAGAAGCAUCUAAGAGAUUCAGUUGAAAAGGAGAAGAGUUGCCUUUUACCUGCGCGGAGAUGGUGAAAGGUGCCGUCGGCGAAGGCGCCAACUCUGCUUUUAACAUUACAAGUCUUAUUCUUUUAUGGAAGAUGAGGAUCGGCACAGAACAACAGAAUGUUUUUUUACGUUUGUGAGGGGAUGUUCCAUGACGCCUUCUACACUGUUCAUCUCUGAGUAAUCCCCAUACUUUGUUGUUUUUAAAGCAUCUGAAGCGUACUGCUGCAGCCAUUCCUGUGGUCCAAGAAUUUAUGUGGACUCAGCUGAACUCAUUUUAUGCCAGAAGACGAUGCUGCUUCUGUAGCAUGAUACCAACAGGACUUUCUGGUGAGAAAAUUGGGGGAGCACAGAAUGGAUUUGUAAGUGUCUUUUUUUAAUCAUUUUUGUUUGUUGUUUUGUGUUGGAUUAUUAUGGUGUGCGACAUGAGGUGAGGUGUUUUGUUAUGAUUGUAAUUAGUAAAGCUGA